AUGAGAACGGCUAUCGUUAUCCCUCUUUUGGUAACCAUUGCCUUGUCCAUUGCAAGACCUGCUGGCGCGGGACUUCUCGACGGACUUGGACUUGGAACUCUUGGUAAUAUUCCUGUCGGGCUCGGAGUUGGCGUUGCUAGUAAGAAGCCAAGCGUCGGAAAAGCCAGUAUAUCUCCAGGAAACAACGGGCUUCUUAACACAGCUGUCGGAGGGGCAAUUGACGUACUCAGCGGUGGAGGGAGCGUCGGUAAAGGAAUCAUAGGCGGUGGCGGCGGCAGCGGCGGCGGCAGCGGUGGCGGCAGCGGUGGCGGCAGCAGCGGCUGCAGCGACGGCUGCAGCGGCGGCGGCAGCGGCGGCGGCAAGGGCUCUACAGCACCCACCGGGCUUCUUAACAUACAGCUAUCGGACUGACAAUUGACGCACUCAGCGGUGGAGGGAGCGUCGGUAAAGGAAUCAUAGGCGGCGACGGCGGCGGCAACAAGGGCAAAGGCAAGUGUGAUGACAACGGUGAUGACGAUAAUGAUAACGGCGGUGAUGACAACGGUGACAACGGUAGCUGCAAUGGCACGAAAGGUAAGAAAAUCUUUUCGUUAUCCUUCAUCCCUUAUAAAUCGAUUUUUAUCGCAGUGCUAUUUUUUUCAAGCUAACUUAUUAAUAAAGUUUAUUUUCAUGCCACAAUAUAUUUUAUUUACUUUUUCAUAUAUUUACAUUAGUCAUUGUUUUUAUUGAAGUAGGUACAUUUUUUGCGAUAUUAAGUGUGUAGAACAAAAAUAUAACAUGUCUGAUAAAUAGUGUAGGUUUUUUUUUCUAAAUUGUCUUUUCUCUUGUUGAAGCUGUCAUAGUUUUAAAGAAAGUUUAUGAAACUGUAAAGCUAAAAUUUCCUUUUAGAUUCUUCCUAAGGCGGGAAAG